CAGCACCUUUCCUUUUUCUCGUUUGUUCGCCUAUGGCGCGCGUGUGUGUGUGACAAUGCGCCUGUGCUGUCGAUCGAAACCUAUGGUUUGAAAAAAAAAAAAAAAAAAGACGCGAGGCUAUUGUUGUCAGCCACUCAGCCAGGUGCUCACUCUCAUCGAAGAAUGCCCAGAGAAGUCGGAGUUGUGUUGUUUGCACGGAUAGCGCAGAAUUCCAACACAAAAAGACGAUAUUGACAUGAGGAAAGACAUUGAGACAUUAAUAGCUGAGGAAAGAGCUGACAUCAUUUUGAAAUAUGCUACGAGAUAGGGUAAGACGGGGACGACGCAGAACACGCCGGAGAGACGACGUAUCUUGGCUGGCCUGGGAACACCUCGGGAUCGCCCCGGAAGAGCUCGAUGAAGUGGAUUGGCAGAGGGAAGUCUGGGCUUCCCUGCCUAAGCUGCUGCCUCCAUAACCCGACCUUGGAUAAGCAGAGGAAAAUGGAUGGAUUGAUCGAGAUGUACAUGGCAGACGGGGUGGGGUCGAGAUUGACCCCUGGGAAGAUGCUGACUACAACCUCUAUAAAGUUAUCGAUCGCCUCGGCUUCAUGCAUGAAGAUGAGCUCCCCGCACCAACUGCAAAUGAAGAAAAGGUGAAGCAACUGGAGGUAGAGAGAGCAAAGAAAUGGCUGAAGAUGGUAAAGAAGUGGGAUAAAUACAAAACCAGUGACAGGAUGGUGAAACGGGUGUACAAAGGCAUUCCUGUGCAGCUUAGAGGUCGUGUCUGGUCUCUGAUGUUGGAUGUGGAGAAGACUAAAAAGGACAAUGAGGGCAAAUAUGAGAAAAUGAAGGAGCAAGCAAAACAGUACUCAUCGGAGAUCAAACAGAUUGACCUUGACAUCAACAGGACCUUUCGCAAUCAUAUCAUGUUCAUGGAUCGCUUUGGAGUCAAACAGCAGUCUCUCUUCAAUGUUCUGUCAGCAUAUUCAGCCUACAACACAGAAGUGAGCUAUUGCCAGGGCAUGAGUCAGAUCGCUGCACUGCUGCUCAUGUACAUGAAUGAGGAAGAUGCCUUCUGGGCUCUGACACAGUUGCUGACCAACCAGAAACAUGCCAUGCAUGGAUUUUUUGUUCCCGGGUUCCCCAAACUUCAGCGAUUCCAGGCACAUCAUGAUCAGAUCAUUUCCAAACUGAUUCCCAAACUAAAGAAACAUAUGGAUAAGGAACAGAUGUCUGCAGGAAUUUACAGUACUAAAUGGUUCUUACAAUGUUUCAUUGACAGGACACCGUUUACUUUGACCCUUCGCCUAUGGGAUGUUUUCAUACUGGAGGGAGAGAGGCUCCUCACUGCCAUGUCUUACGCCAUCUUGAAGAUACACAAGAAGCGUCUCUUGAAGAUGUCUUUGGAGGAGCUCCGAGAGUUCCUGCUGGACGGAAUUGCUCAGACCUUUUUUUACAGCGACGACAUAGUCAUUGAGCAGCUGCAGGCCUCUAUGACUGAAUUACGGAAGAUGAAGCUGGAUCUUCCUCCACCAGGGAAGCCUGAAGAGUUGCCACGUAAGCCUUUGGGCCAGGAGCUGCCGGUGCUGCCGAGUCCACUGGAGCCCUCCAGAGGAAAGGGCUCCUCAGCCAGUGGUUGUCCCAAAGCAGGACUCGGCCUCCACAUCAUACCCAACCAGCCAGAUUCCAUAUCUCCAGACCAGAGCCCCUCCAAAGACAUCAAUGAUCUACAUCCUGUUGAUGAUGAAGAGGUCCCUCUUCCUUCCCCAGACCCCAUCAUUAUCCAUAGUCAGGCCCUGUAUACCUCAGAUGACUUCCCACUUACUGGGCCACCACCUUACGAGCCCCCAGGGUUCCAGGCACCCAGAACUGCUGAUCGCCUCUCACAGUCUUAUGAGUGGAGGGUUGAGGUGCAACCUGAUGACUCAGGACGCCCUGAUAUCCACUCGACUGACAACCACACUCUUGCGACCGUUAGCACUGAGGGAUCCUCCAGCAGAGUCCUGAGGACUCUAUCAGCCCCCAUAGUUCUUGCUCAGUCAGAAAGUGAGAUGACAGCAGAGAUAGGGGAGGGUAGUUCCCUGUUCCAACUGUCGGAUUCUCUCUCCUCCAAUAGGACUCUGAACCAGGAUCGGCCUUGAACACUUUAUGCCCAUUGUCUGACACCAGCUCAUUAUUGGUACUCUCCAUGUACAUACAAUUUUACCUGCCUUGUACACAUGCUUUGCUGUGUGAAAAGGCUAGCACUAGGUAUGUUCGCAUCACAUUCUGCGGUGGUGUUCCCCAUACAGUACUAUUAUCGCAUACAGUAUCUUAAAACCUCAGCUAUUUACUAUGAAGCAGAAGGAAUACAUUAGGUUAUUUCAGGUUCAACCCUAAUUUCUCAGGGCCACACCCAUGGUUCACACUUAAGAGACAUUGAUGCUUAGGUGUUGUAAACAUGAAAAUAACAUUGACUUGCUGAUGAGUAAACAAUAUAUUUUGCACAUAUGCGCACACACACACAGGCACACACGCACAACUACAAAUGACUAUGCGUGCCGGUCAUUUUUACAGUGUCAGGUUUGCAGCUUAAUGAUAUGUGGUAGAGAAAAGCUUAUUAUCAGCCCCACAAAAUUAUGGGGCUUUGAAGAGGCCCUCUGGUUGUAAUGCACUUGCUUUUUCAUGCAAGCCUCUGGGAUAUAUGAUGCGCUUGACCCAGAUUUGGUCUUUGUCCUUCAGGAUUCAAAGUGUUUAUUGUCAUAUGAACUUUGUAGUAAUAGAUGAAUCAGAGGUCAAGGGGAUGCCCCAAACCUUUUGAAUUGCAAAAACAUGGGGGGGGAAAAAAUGUUCUUGUAUAUGAUGCUGAUCAAGAUCAAAGACAGAUUGCUAAUGUUCAUGUAAACAUACUCAUAUCCUGUUUAGCUCAGUCUGAUUGAUUUGUCAGAUUAUCAGUGUCGGGCAAUUAUUUAAAAGGUGGCAUUUCCAGUUGCAGGACCAAUCAUUUUCAAAAUCAUUUGACCAAAUCAAAGGGUGAUUUCAUUAUUUUUUAUUAACAUUUGAUGAAUGAAAAUACUGUAAAAUUAAUUUCUGUUAUUAAGCUCACUUAUCAGUUGAAAAAAUGGAACACUUGUGAUAUGAUAUCUGCAUGAACAGCUAGGGUAUAAUGGUAUGGGGCUUCCUGGAGGCAGCAUCUGUUUUCUUGCUGAUCUACAUUGUACACCUACAGUCAACCACAAAAAUGUAUGUAAUGUGACUUCACUUCAAGUUAACAUGAGGUACUCAAUAUGGGAAGAUUAGUUUGAACAAGUUAAAUCGUGGUUUGGGUAGGUCUUUGAAAUUCUUCAAUUACUGCAAUUAAUACAUCCAUCCAUCCAUCCAUUCUCCGUACCGCUUGCUUAUCCUCACUCGGGUUGAGGGUGUGCCAGCAAUUGAAAGUUGUGUUAAUCAAAAAUGUCAAUUUAGAACUCAUUUUUGAACCUAGUCAGUUACAGGUAGAAGAUUCUUGAAAGGUGUGCUCAUAUGGGAGUUUUUUUUUUUUUUUUUAAAAAGACGCUUUUAGAGUGACUAGUUCCGCAUUUAAGAAGAGAUACCUAUUUUUAAUGAUUUAUUUGGCUUAACUUAACUGACAGACAACCUAAAAAUACCUUCUUCCCCAUGUAUUCAUAAGAAAUUAGGAUAAUUUUUCAUAUCCCAUUGUGAACUUAAGAACCACAUUAAGCUUUAUGUCAUGCUUUUUCAAGGGGAGAAGAACUCAAACAGAGGCAUAGCCCUUAUUAAAUUAAAAAAGAAUAAAAAAAAGGGAAAGGGUUUGCUUGCCCUUUUAAUUUCUUGUACUGAUAUCUUGAUGCCUUAUUUGGAGCGAUAUUGCUUCUUCUGUGGUCAUGAUGAAUGAAACACAGUAACAGAAGAGGAUGCACAAUAAGACAACAACAACGUUGAACUUGAGGUCUCUGCCAUGCUAAGAUGGCUCACUGUUAAAGUUGCACCCAGUGAAACUUUUUACUCACUAAAAUAUUGUUUUACUCUUUAAUUACCUGAUUCCAUCAAUACUCGGAAUAUUUAAAUGGGGAGCACUCAUUUCCAUUUUUUAAGCUGAUUCUUUUAUUAUUAUUAUUUAUUUAUUUAUUUUACAUUGCGUGACACGCCUUUGCUCGUAACAAGGAUGUUUAGAUUAUUAGUGGACAUGUUAAAUAUAUAGGACUAGCAGGCCUUCAACUGUUUUCAUAGAAAAACGUUAAAAAGCUGACAUCUUGUGCUUGUUUUUGCUUACGCGCAGUUUUAGCGAAGCGGCGGAAUAGAACUCUGCUGGCCAUAAUUGUCUUUCCAUUUCAUAUCAUGUAUGUUGAAAUAUCAAGCGCAUUUUUAUUACACGUAUAAUGUUGUUAAACUCUGAUUCUUAAAUAUUAAAACGUUUGCGUACA